AUGGGAGAGGUUGGUGGACGGCGUAGCCCUGCUGAAGAGGGAUCGCCCCUUAUGCCUUCUUCUCCGGUUCGAGUUGGAUCAGGAGAUAGGCAUGGUGAAGGAAAUGAAGAUGCGCGGCUCUUGAAUGGUGGUCUUGAUCAUGAGGGGACCAAGGGUGCGUUGUACAUGUUGCUUUUGACUUUGUCCAUUGGUGGGCUUCAAGUUGUAUGGUCUGUUGAACUGUCCAAUGGAUCGCCAUACCUCUUAUCUCUCGGAAUGAGCAAAGCCCUCUUGGCCUUCGUCUGGAUCGCCGGUCCUUUAACUGGUGGACUGGUGCAGCCUUAUAUCGGCAUCAGAAGCGAUAAUUGUCGUAUGCCAUGGGGCAAGAGAAAGCCGUUUAUGGUUGUUGGCUGUGCAGCUACUAUAGUUGCAUUACUAGCUCUGGCAUGGGUGAGGGAAAUUGUGGGCGGGUUCCUGUCGAUUUUCGGCGUGGAUUCUGGUUCACAUGGGACGAAGAUUGUCAUUAAUAUCGCGGCUACGAUCUUGAUGUAUUGUCUUGAUUUUGCUAUUGCUACCGUGCAAGCUGCAAUCAGGGCAUUUAUUGUCGACAAUUGCCCAGCACAUCAACAGGAAUUGGCUAAUGCCUGGGCAAGUCGACUGAUAGGCGUCGGAAAUAUCCUAGGUUACAUCUUCGGCUACCUAGAUCUCCCAAGGCUCGUCCCGUUCCUGGGAAAUACCCAGUUCAAGGCUCUUUGCGUACUAGCCUCAGUCUUCUUGAGUGUCACUAUCGCUAUCAGCUGCGCUUACAUCAAAGAGCGUGACCCGCGACUCGACCCACCUGUUGAAGACAAGCUUGGGAUCAUCUCGUUCUUCCGGCAGGUCAUUAAGUCUAUUCGCAGCCUGCCGACGCAGAUUUCUCGUGUUUGCGAGGUUCAGGUUGCUGCGUGGGUUGGCUGGUUCCCGUUCCUAUUCUACUCUACCACCUAUAUCGGACAAUUAUACGUUAACCCGAUCUUCGCUGAGAACCCCAAUCUCUCAAAAGAGAAGAUCGAUGAAGCUUGGGAAGAUGCUACACGGAUGGGCGCGUUUGCUCUUCUCAUAUAUGCUAUCAUAUCGUUCCUCGCAAAUACUCUCCUCCCCCUUUUUGUGGCGCCUACAUACAGUCCUGCCCCAAAGACAUCAUCGCAGCCAGCCUCUCUGAGCGGGCACUUCAAUGAGGACGAAGAAGAGACCAACAGGAGAGUAUCAAUCUCAGGCAUGCCAAUAGGCACUGCAUCCGAACCACUGCUCGACGCUACGCCACGCCACGAGGCAGAAGGCAAGCCGACUUGGCUUUCACGUCUACAAAUACCAGGCUUAACUCUUAAACAGGUCUGGCUUAUUUCCCACAUCAUUUUCGCCCUUUGCAUGUUCAGUACCCUUUUCAUUUCCUCCCACCAAGCCGGUUCCGCGUUCGUUGGAUUGGUCGGUAUCCCAUGGGCUGUUUCACUCUGGGCGCCUUUCGCUCUUAUCUCCGCUGAAGUUGCUCGCAAUGAUCCUUCCCGGCGUCAUCGCCAUGUCGCUAGGGCUUUUGAUGAGCCCAGUGCUUCCGGUAGUACGGAUGGCCAGUAUCAAGCCCCUGAGGCUCAUGAAUGGUCCAACGAGCAUGGUGAUCAGGAGACUGCUGCUACUGAUGAUGACAUUGAGCAUGGUCAUUCUAAAGAGCACGACGUAGCUCAGGCUGGUAUCGUCCUUGGGCUUCACAACAUGGCUGUUUCAUUCCCGCAAAUUUUCUCCAGUCUUGUCUGCAGUGCUAUCUUCAGGGCUGCUCAAAAGCCUAGAGGGGAGCCUUGGGAUGAUAGUGUCGGGUGGGUGCUACGUUUUGGAGGGUGUGCUGCUUUGGUGGCUGCUUGGUUGACGAGGAGACUCCGUUGA